UGUACUGUCGAUGCAUUGUUGACAAACCAUAUGCGUAGUAUUCUUCAUCUCGAGGACAAGACGUUUACGAAUGAAAUUUGUCCAAGAGCGGUGAUAAUUUAGGGAGAAGAAGUGAAUUCCUCGAUUCAUGAGGAUCACUCGGACAUUUCAGUUGCUACCCGCUGCUAAUGUGGUGAAUUUGGCCCUUGAUUUUGGGGUUAUCGAGAGAAAUCUCGAGCUACAUUGCGUGGGACAAACACGUGCAGUCGUGAGAACGAAAGCGGACAGAACCGGUAUUCACUGUACAGAGGUACCACUAGGUAGGUCCACCCGGUAGCUCGAUCAUAACGUACGGACCGAGCAAACACACUCAUCUGAAGUUAAGCCGAGGUAUUAUCACCAAUCCUUGAAGACUCAAACUGAUUUACUGAACACCUGGAAGAACCAACCCGCAUAUUAUAUCCAUAGCUAGAUACGUGCAAUGGCCCCAGGCCCAGAUGGUACCUCAGCGGACCGAGCAGACGCGGGACCCGGUGGCGAUGCUGUACCCCCUGCACCCUCUGCAGGAACACCCAAUGAAACCAUGACUGACCUACAAGAAGGAGAACCAGAGGUGGUGCUCAAGAGGAAAGUCGGUAUCUUUGGUUGUAUUGCCAUGGUGGUUGGAAUCAUCAUUGGCUCGGGAAUCUUUGUAUCGCCGCAGGUGAUUCUAGUAUACACGGAUGGCGUCAUCGGCUAUUCCUUUCUGGCUUGGAUCAUAUGCGGCAUCUUCUCAAGCAUGGGUGCAUUGUGCUUCGUCGAGCUCUCGACCACCAUCCCGUUGUCCGGGGGCGACUUCGCCUACAUCCUCCAAGCAUGGGGUCCCUUCGUCGCCUUCAUCCGCAUGUGGAUGAGUCUGUUUAUCAGCUACCCGGGCGAGUACGCCAUCAUCAUCCUGAUCGCAUCGCAGUACCUCGUGAGCCCGUUCUUAGCUAACUGUGAUGACCUCCCGCAGACCGCUAUCCAGCUAUUCACCAUCGUUAUUCUGUGUGCGGUAUACUACCUCAACUGCGUGAGUGUUCGAUGGACGACCCGUGUACAGGUAUUCUUCACUGCAGCUAAAGUAUCCGGCUUGGUGAUUAUUAUCCUCGGGGGUCUGGUCCAGCUGUGUAGAGGAAAAACUGAGCAUUUUGCCAACGCCUUCACAGGUUAUAACAACCCGACGAGCUUCCCGUUGGCUCUCAAUGCAGGCAUCUUUGCUUUUUCAGGAUGGCAAUAUCUUAUGUUCAUUACAGAGGAAGUACAGCGACCUGCCAGGAAUAUUCCUCUAGCUGUCAUCAUCUCUAUGAUCCUGGUGACGUCCAUCUAUCUCUUGACCAAUGUCAGUUAUCUGACCGUCCUUAGUUCCGUUGAGAUCAUCCACUCUAACGCAGUAGCAGUGGAUUUCGCUAAGCGAUUGUUUCCCGUUUUUGCAUGGAUCAUGUCAAUAUUUGUGGCCCUUUCUUGCACUGGAACCGUCAAUGGGUCCCUCUUUGGCAGCUCCAGGGUACUGUACGUAGCUGGACGUGAAGGUCUGAUGCCAAAGGUUAUGUCCAUGAUUCAUGUACGUAAGAAGACCCCUCUGCCUGCCGCCAUCUUUACACUCCCCAUCACCAUUUUGAUGGUGCUGAAUAACAACAUCUUUCUCCUGCUCAACUUUGUUGCUUUCAUUGAGUGGAUCAUGAACUUCCUGGCUGUAGCCAUCAUCCCGUACUACCGGUGGAAACACCCAGACCUGCCACGCCCUUCAAGGUUCCUAUUGUUGUACCAUUCAUCUACAUGAUUGGGGUACUCUUCGUGCUUGGAAUGGCCCUGUAUGCAUCGCCGGUGGAUUGCGGUCUUGGACUCGUCGCCGCGGCGUCCGGAAUACCCGUCUACCUCGUAGGAGUCU